AAAAUCCCUUUGUUUUAGUUUCAGAUGGUUCCCAUUCUACACGCCUGAACAUAUUACUUAAUGGAUUUGAACUUCACUGUUAUAAUCGCUCAACCCUCUAUGCAAACCUAGAGUACUUAUUUGGUCUUAAUGUUGAUAAUCCAAAUGACGAUACAAUUAAAAUUAGUAGUAGUUCCUCAUCAGAAUUGAAUUCUACCAAGCAAGAAGGAUUAUGGAGGGACUUUUUUCGUGUGAUAAAAGUUGACAUAUUUACAGGCCAUAUUGUUUUUGGUAACCAGCUUACGCCUACGGUGCUUCGGAUAGGAGCAGAGGAGACGCACUUUGUGUACACAACCAAAGCUGCUUCAGUUCCACAUGAUGAGUUCUCCCAUGAUAUCAAGUGUAAAGGAGAAGGCCUGAAAGUUAUGUUUUCGCCCAGUCCAAAGUUUGAGGGAGAGCAAGUUGAUCCACCACGUUUUAUGGGCGAGGGAUUUGUGGUCUUGCAGUCUAACAAUUUUGAUAUACAUUAUUUCUUUGAUGAGCCAGGUUUUGUGAAAGAAGGUCAGGAAAAUGAGCCACCACCAGCAUGGGCAAUGCAUUUGACAUGCGGUAAAGCUACGACAAUCAGCUAUGGACCAUGGGCAGACAGGCAAAGAGACUUUCUUCAAAAGCUAUUUUACCCAGCGGACUAUAAGGUGCUAGAAGAGACACCUCAACUGAAAGUUGGGGAUAAAAGAAGGCCGGAAUCAUUUGAUUUUUGUCUCAACAUGCUGGAUGAAAACACAUUAGAUAUUCUAUUUACCACAGAUUCAGAAACAGAUGCAAUUCAUAUUAGUGCUGGUAAAGGCUCAUACCUGGAGACAUCAAUCCCAAUGACAGUAGGAGCUAAUGGUUACAAAAUGGAGGUCAAAGGUCAAUUCUUCAACAUUGAGGCUACUACUAGUCUUGCAUUCAGCCGUUUUAUAGAAACUGAAACACUAGCGUAUUCUGUUGUAGUUGAACACCCUUUAGUUUGGAACCAUCAUCAGAAUUGGAAUAUAAACCUGGAUUUCAGUCGUACAUUAGUACACCUUAUCUACCAGCACAAGGUGUUCUUAACAGAUCUACUACAUGACUGGUCAAGCAAAGGUGGACAGGAUUUAAUGAUGUUUGUGCCAUACACUAUGCACUGCAACUUCACAUUAAACAAGUUUGAACUUAACCUUAUGUGCAAUGAAUAUAACUGGAUGGACUGCAGCUCCCCUAACCUUGAUAAUACUUGUAUAGCUUUUAAUGGGGAACAGAUGGACGUUUCCUUGGUCCUUCCAUUCUCAGAUUUUUUACCAGUGGUUGUACCAGUGAAAGUUAUUUUCAAGGUUGGACCAGUUACUGGCUAUCUAUACAUUCCUGAGAGUUUCAGCAACUAUCACACUUUAAUUGGAAUUGACCAAGCUACCAAUAGCCAUGUACAAUGGCCGGUACCUCGACCUGAUUGGUUCUCAAUUACAAAUAAACCUGGUUGGAUUGAGUGCGCUUCUGUACCUUAUUUGGGCUUAAGUAUCACCUAUUCCUACCACCCAGUACCACCAAAUGAUUUUGUCCCACUUCUGAAAAUUUCUGACUGCAAGAAUGGGAAGCCGUCAAUAACAGUAACAAAGAUAGGCAACAAAUUGCACUCAGCUAGUAAGCGACAACCCCGCUGGCGGGAGGUUGUCGAGCCUGGAAAUUUACCUCCGGACAACAUGAGCCUUGAGCUUGAUAUUGGACCAGCUGUUCUUGUAGCAUAUGGAGCCAUUCUCAAAGCAGUCUUAGCGCUUAAGGAGAAUUAUCUUGGUGUAGAUAUUGAUUACAUGGACCUAGGGCGCCCACUAGAGACACAGCCAAUCCAGAAGCCACUAGAUAAACCAGAAGAACGAAUUCUAAACCCUCUUAGUUUGCGCCCUCUGCAGGUGACAUUUGCCCUUACUGUACACACACUCCAAGCAUACUUACCAACGCAUUUAUGUAAUCAGACAAAUGAAUGUUUGGUAUUGAAUAUGGACAGACUGGUGGUUGAGGUACACAAAGCUUACUUCCAGACUAGACUACAAGUCCUCCUUUCCCCUAUCUCACUGCAUAUUUCUAACCACAAAAAGGAUGUCCCAGAUAUAGGUAGCAAGAAAGAUGGCUUUUGUUUGUCAGGCCUUCAAGUUCGAGCUCAUGCGAUGUUCUCUGAUGAAGGUCUGCCCCCAGAGGUUGACACUGUGGAAUAUGCUUGGCUUGUGGAGCUUCAGCUAGGUCUACUGUCUGGUCAACUCUCUCCAACACAGGCCUUAGCUCUUGCAUCAUUUGCUGAGACAUUCAUCAUGCUUGUGGUUGACAGUGAGAACAGCCUAGAGCAGCCUGUACGAGAUGCCAAGUGUGUGCACCAGGUAAUACAGUCGGCCUGCAGGGUGAAAGAAAAGGCUUAUCCACUACCAUGCCCGUCAGAGAACCAGCUCAAGUACCGAAUGACCAGAGUGUGGCUCGAGGGCUUCCAUAUCUGCCUGAAAGAGGAAGACUCGGUGCUGGCCAUCCAGACUUCAUCUGUGCAGCUCUCAACUUGUAACCUCCAUAGUGAAGCUGUGGAAGCUGGUCUUUCAUGUCACAUAGAUUUAAUUGAAAUUAAGUUGUUCAUGUCACAAGUUGAAAUAGCAAAACCAUUGCUUCAGGUUGGUGAACUGAAGUUAGGCCCAGUAAAUCUAGAUUCAUCUGAUCUUUCCACCACUGCCAUUAACUGUAAAGCUCAACAGAGCUUUUUAAGACUACAUGACAGACGAACUCGGCGGCUCUGGUUCCUCUGGCCACCACUAAGUUUGAGUUUUCAAACAUGUUGUGGAUGUCUUGGAGGCUGUACAUUCUUUGGAAAUGGAAAAAGUAACAAAUUUCUUUUGCAUGGAAAGAAGUAUGCCUCAAAUCCAUCUAACAAAGAAUGCCUAGCUUAUGGACAGAGUCUUCUGAAAAAUGAAGAAAAUGUGCUGCAUACCAACGGAAGCAGAUUAGAUUCUCCUUUAAAGGAUUUUUUUACACAGGGAUUUUUAAGUCCCGGAUCUACACCAGGCAGUCCAUUUUCUACAAUGACUCCAGAAGCCAUUGUAAUAGAGGAUGACCAAAGCAGCUGCCAAAGUUCUGAAAAAACAAUUCAACCAGAAAUGGCAGGCAGUGACAGAACAAGUAUUAGGUCAGAUGUUACUGACAUCCAGCAACAAAUUCCAGCUUUGGGAAUGAUAGGAAGUUCCUUAAGUUUACCAACCUCUUCCAUACUACUUCCAAAAUACAAACAUGCACGGCACCAUAGUGACAUCGUAGUGAGAAAAAUGGCAGAAAUGGAGAAGAUCCCACAAGAAAUGCAGUCACCCUCAGAGGUAGAUGAAACUGACAGGCCAGCAUUAGAUUCACAAACAAGGUGGUCACUGUCAUCAACCAGUCUCAGUGAAUACUUUUCAGCUGAUGAAGAAUCCCAUGCUUCAUCUUCAAGUUUGAUCAGAACUGAUGGACAGAGAUUGGUAGAUGAAAUACUUGCAUAUGACUUUGAUGUCUCCCUGUCUGCUGAAAAUUCCAAUCGAAAUUCUGUCAUUGAAAAUCAAGACAAUGCAGAUGUUGAAUCCAAUGUUUCAUCAGUGUCUUUCAAAUCAGCAAUAUCUGUUGCCAAUACAGUGGCCGAAGAAGAACAACCAAGUGUUAUAGAUCUCCAUGAGCAAGCUUCUGUAAUGGCAGCCUACACUCAUCAUUUAAGUCAUGUUAAGUAUGAACUAUUAUCUCCAGUGCCACCAUGCUCUAGCAUUGACUCCACGCUGAGUACCAUGCGUACAACUUGCCCACCGCAACCUUCUUUCAAUGUGGUCCAACAUGGUUUCAGUGCAGGAUUUAUGCAGCUUCGAGAUGCAACCUCAGGAGAACAGAGUUUAUCAAGCUCAGUUAGCGACAUCACAUCAGAAGUGUCAGCCUCUACUCCAGCAGCCACACCAGUGAAGUCAGGUGAAGAUUUGAACAGUUCAGUUAACAUUGGAGAAGAUAUAACAUCUGAAAGCAGCGUUGUCACCACAAAUCAAGGAAACCGAGUUAUCAUCAAAGUCGGUGGGCCUCUUGAAGUUUUUCUAUCACCUCUAAUGCUGCCAGCCAUGCAAAAGCUGGUAUCUGUGUUAUUACCGAUUGUCAGUAACUUAAGUCCUGCUUUGGUAGUGGACCAUUUGCAUUCAUCAUGUUUAAGUCAGGUGGAGAAAACUGUCGACAAGUCGAAGGAAGAAACAGAGUUAUCUCAUACUCAAUUGACUGUGAAUCUCAAACAGGUAAAUGUUUGUUUACUUCAAGUUGGUUCUUGGUUCAAGCCUGGAGAUGUUGAGAUGCCAGUACCGGUUCAUUCCCUACUGGCCUUGUGUGGUUACAAUUUCAAUCUUGGUUUAACAAUCGGCAAUGGUAUCAUAGGCCAAUUGAGUGCUCAGAGGCUCCAUGCUCAACUUCGAUUAUUACCAGUUGGAUCAAGGAAGAGCAGGGAUGGAGCUGGUGUGACUGCAAUCACUGACACCCACUCCAAGGUGAUGUUCUUCUGUAAGAGAGAUCAAGAUCUGCGAGAGUAUGGCUGGAUUAUGGCAGAGCUAGGACUGGAGGCCUUAAACAUCAAAGGCGGACUACCGGAAAAGAAGAUUAUCAACAAAGAUAAAGUUGAUGUUACUCCAGUUCCUAACAGAUCGAGUAACUCCAGUACUCCUGAUGCUGUCCACCAUGAAGAUAUGCCACUGGUGAAAGUGAGUUUGGGAGGAAUCUGGACUGGAGUUCCAGCUCCAAGGAAAACCACUGUUGAGGACAGUGAUAAAUUAUUUUUAGCCAAUCUUUUAAAUACUGCGACUCCUGCUCUUGAUGCUUGGCUGAUUCCUGCAGAUCACUUCAGUACCACUUUGAAAUGUAUCAGUGAGACAGUUCAUAUGAGGAAGUGUGCCAUUCUUGUUUGUUUAAUGACAUUGGCCCAUGAGAAUGAAGAGUGGAGAAAACGGAAUGAGAUGUCAUACCCUCACUUGAGCAAACGUUCUCACACUAUCCAAGAAGACUUAUCUUGCCAGCUUCUGGUGCUCUUAUUGCGUUAUAUGCAGUCAUCAAAAGUAGAAUUAGAGGAACUGUUAAAACCAGAGGUACUUCCUGCUGUCACCACCUUAGACAAAGGCAUACACGUUUUACUUCGUCAGUGGAGAAUGAACCUCUCUCUUGUGAAUCCGAUGGCAGCAACACAUUGGCAGGUUCUAGCCAUGGGUCCUGCGAUCAAUGCUGGCAAUAUUCCCCAGGAAGCUGAUCGCCAGUUCAUGGACAAUUACCAGAAAGAUGCCACACUCACAGAUGUUGAUGGCACACAGGAUCACCUGGAUGAAACAAGCUCUCUUUCGCAUUCGUAUCAGUAUACUCAAAUGAAAGGAUCUCAAGUAGAUCUGUAUCAAGAAUUUGCAGAACCUAGACCAAGCAGGGUCUCUAACAUCCGACAGAUGGACUCGUACGCCAGGAUAAGGUCGCACACAGAUGAAAGCAUGGCCACUGUGUAUUCUCAUCAUUCCGUUGAUCGUUAUCCUACCCAAAGUACCAAAGUGCUAGAAAAAAUAGAAGCUGAACCUGCAUCCUCAACCAGUACAUCACCACUAAAUGCUGGGAUGGAGGAAGGGGAUCUUGAAUUAGGAACACUUACUAAAACCUCUGACUUCAAGUUCAAGCUAAAAUCUAAACUGGCUUUAACUCCAACAACUCCAAUGAUUGGAGAAGCAGAUACAAUGUUUUAUCCUCUGUUAGACAACCUGGGAGUGCCUGGAGAGCAACAGCUUGGCCAACCAUCAACAGUAUUACAAAAUCUUGGUGCUGUCUCAGUUGUGUUGGAAAUUAACUCUGCUCGCGUGUUUGUGAUUGAUAACAAACCUAGAAAAACGACCACUAAGCGGCGUCCCACUAGAAACAAGCAAGACAGACCAAUAAGCAAUCAAAAAGCAGAAGGAGAAAUUCUUGUGCUAGAUUGCCAAAAAUUUAGAGUUGAUGGUUUGGGAAAAUUGACAUCCAAAGAAGAUAACUCAAGUCAAACAGAAGAGGAAAAGCUAAGUCAGCAUAAACUUAUUGACAUCCAGCUGGCUGCCAGGCUUGGAAAAAUUCAGUUGUUAGUGAAUAUGCCAUUGUUAAGAUUUGUAGUACAUUUGGUUUCAAUGGUUAAGAAUUUCAAAAGUACAAGGACCAACCUUAAGCUUGCCCGAUACACAAGUAACACCCCGGCUGAAACCACAGAGAUGCUGUUAAAUGCGGGGCAGACUCAUGAGACUGAAGAGACCGAUGAUGUCUAUGGGAGUAGAUUCUGGGAGGGGGAUAGCGACAUCGAGCCACGCUGUUGGCAGACUAUGUAUCAUUUGAUCGAUCUGUAUUCGGCAAGGACUGAUCAAAUGGUUAAAGGUCAGCUGACGAUCAAUCCACUCUUCAACAUUGAGAACGAGGAUGUGCAGAUCAGUGAUGAUGAUGAGUUAGACUCUCCGCACCAGACUGGAACGGAGGAGGAGAUGCUUGGAUACUAUGACAUGUUUGUGAACACCAACCAUGUGAUUCUGACCACUACAGCGGUCAUUGACAGUGUCCAGCUCCAAGCUAAACUCGGUGGUCUCCAGCUAGAAAGCGAAAUAAUGCAGUUGUAUGGCAGUGUCACGCAUGAAAGGGAACAAAGACCUCAAUCAGGUCAAGCAAUGAUGGAGAAUGUUCAAAAGAUCGCAAGCACUGCUCAUUUUGAUUUACUCAACAUACAUUUACUAGAGCGAAGCAGCCGUCUUCGACAAGUUGUGUUAGCCACAAGCCUAAGCAAGUCCCAUGUGCUCUUGAAUGAUGAAGAUCAUUUAAUCGGUACCAUUGUGCUAGGAGAGUUGAACAUGGAGUUGCCGCAGAACCCUGCCACUCUUCACGAGAUGGCAACAAGGAGUAGUCGACGCCUUACUGACCAGGCAACCGAACUCAGCAGACCUCUCAAAAACUUCAGGUCUGAAGAUACGCUUUCACAAGUAGGCGUUGAUGAGCCUGAUCGUCCUGCAUUUUCUAAGCAGACAAAACCUGUAACGAUGAAUCUGAUGUUGAAAGGGAUUUGUAUGCAAGCCAUGCUUUUGCCCUCACUUCGAGCGCAGUACCAGCUGAAGGAUGCAACUGGGAACAUGAAUAUGAAUGAGGAGUGUCAUGUGACCAUACACAUGCCCAAUCACGCCAUUUCCUUUAUAUCACAGGUUGAAGAUGCCCAGGAGGUCUUCUCAUCAGCUAGUAUUGAGCUGCCAACCAUCGAGUUUCUUGCCGAUAUGAAACCCAGAAACAACGUUCACAAUAAAGCACAGAAAUUGGACAGCUUCUACCUGAUGGCCGGUAUCAACAUCGGUAGUUUCAACCACACCAUCUCUACUGAUCUACUUAACCAUCUGGUAUUCGUCCAGAAAGUCUUCAUCAAGGAGGUGAAUGAGAUAAUGCACAAGCUUGUAGGUGAUGAUGAUGAUGGCAAUCCAGCUUCUAGUCAAGAGUCGUUGGUGAUUCCUAAAAACACUUCAAUUCUACCAUUCAGACUAACACUCAAGCAACAAGGUAUUCAAGUUACAGCUCAGACACCAUCUACCAGUGCCGUGCAAUUUGAAACCAAUGCCAUACAGUUUGAUAUCACCAAUCUACCACCUUGUGAUUCCGAAAGUACUGAUACCAAGCAGGUGUAUCUGAAGACCAACGUUGAGUUAACUUUGUCUGUUGGAGAUAUGAUUCGCAAUCCUCUAUUUGAGGAGGCCCAACCUGAAUACACCCAGUUGGCAUUCUUCAAAACCAACAUCAAGAUUGUUAACGCUCCAGAAUCGAAGGCUUCCAGCACCAGUAAUAAUGGAGUUGUACUUGUAACUCUAGAACGACCAUUAUUCUACAUGCCUCCACAAGCAGUAGAUAAAGCUGUAUUAGUUUGGCUGAACUAUAAAAAUGCCUACGAUCACUGGCAUGAGCAACGCCAGGCCCUCAGCAAGGAGGUAUGGCUAGCCACCCAGGAGGUGAUGUCGCGCUUGCCAAAGCCCCAGAUGCCAGUUCCAGCAGCUACUACUUCCUCAACUGGGGUUUUCUUACAAGUAUCGGUGCAGAAUCUGGGAUUGUGUGUGCCCACCUAUCAACUACAAAGAGGGAAUGAAAGCCAUGCCAGUGUAUCUCAAGAACCUGAAUCGCAGCAAGCAUUGGUGUUGACACUGGACGAGUCCCUCAUCUCAGUCCACUAUUGUGGCGCCCUCGUCAGUGAGGGACAGUUCAGUAACUUUUGUCUGCGAUUUGCGGAUGACUUUGGUGUGUCGAUGGAUGAUUGGAAGAAACAGGAGAUGGAGAUUGCAAAUGCUUGUAUUGUUCCGAAAGGAAGUUAUAAAGUUUGUAGUAAGACCAUCAAUUCUGGACACUCUGCGGUAGGAUCUGCCGGCAAGUGGGAGCUAAGUUUCAAAUGGGAAAUGCAAGGAUUAGACAUCAAGAUCUACCCCAAUAUCGGCCAUCAUUUAUCCGUCUUCAGCAACACGGUAACGGCGCUGACUGGUGAUCCAGCCGACAACGACAUUGCAGACCUGAGCACUGUGAUGAGUGAACCAGAAGAGCAGAACGAAAACAAGCAGCUCUCAUCUGAUAGUGAAAUAUCUGAUGUUUGUCCAGUGAAUGUCUCCAAUGUACAGCCUUUAGAACCGCUCAAUCUGAAGGUUGUGUUUCGCAAAGCAAGGGAUAAGCGUUCACAUGAAAAUAAAGAUGCUAGAAGAAGAUCUAAGGACAUGGUAGAUAAGAUGCGAGAACAGGCAAAAGUAGUGAAUGAUCUAAGGAAUUUAGGAGCAAAAAGUGGAACGAUCAAAGAAGAAGCAAAGCAUCUGGAGAAGCUUGAAGAGGCAGUGUUCAAGGAAUUCAGAAAAGAAGUCAGGCGGAAAAUGAGGAAAGGUGGCGGAACUAAGGGAAACACUUGGAGAGAUCAUCUAGUACCUGGUCUAAUCCCAAUGCCUAGUGCACAUACACAGACGGAUGCAAGGCCACGAAGAAGCAGAUCCAAAUCUGUGAUGUCACCAAAGUCAUUUGACAAACCAAGGUACUUUACUUCACCUGUUGAUCUGACUCCGAGUAGAUCCCAUGUACCAAAGGUAGUCUUUGAUCUACCCACUCCUGACAGGGAGUCUUUCAUGGAAAUGUCAUUCCCGCAAACGGAACCCCGUCCUCCACGCCCUAAUCGCCACUCAACAGCCGAUGAUUGGUUGAAUGUGACCAUCGGUGACCCCAGGCAAGUUACCAGUGAGCUUCUUCAACAGUCGUCAAGGUAUUUAUGGCCACUCACGAGAGGUCUCCAACUAUCAGAUAGCGACUCCAGUGAUGAAUCCAGCUCAGAUGAAUCUGUUAUCAAUUUGCAUCAUCCACCUCCUCUUAAGAAGAUCGGAAGAAGUCAAAAGGCCUCUGAAGAUGGCAGUGUAGGAGCUUCUCCAAGCCAUACCCUCAAACGAGAGCAGACAGUGGAUAUGGAACUUGAUGUUGUCAUCACCACAGAUAGCGGCUGGUUGGAGAUCUUCGCCAAAAAUCCCAAACAAGAAGAGACAGAAGAAAAUAUACAUUUUAGUGCUGCUAGGAAAGCCUCUCUACCUCUUCAGACUCUUGGUUCUGAGCGGCCUGGCCUCUCCAGUUACAUGUCGGUACCAGGCCUAUCACAACGGCAUCGCUCCUUGAACCGGACCCAGCAGGACAUUAGCACUAUGCUGUUUGUUCCAGGCAUUGAUGCAAAGGUGAGCUAUAAUUCCCAAAUGGAAGCUGAAAAUGGAGAAGAUGGAAGUGACAAAAAGCCUCAAAAGAAAGCAAGCCUAUACUGCAAGAUAGUAUUCCAAGCAGCUCCGAAGGAGAUUGUUAUCAGUCCAAUUUUGUUGGAUUUUAUUGAAAAGACUUUAGAAGAAGUUUAUCAACAAUCACCAAAACCUGCUACCUCGAUAGAUGAAAGCUUUAGCAGUGGUAUAGAGUUGGACCCAUCAAAUACAUCUUUGGUAUCCUCAUCUACUUCUGGAUACAGUACCUUCCCUGUUGAGGUUGUUGUGUAUCUUUGCAUUAAGCCUUCCACAAUUCGAUUCAGUUGUUUGCCGAUAUCUCGUGUCCAGUGCCUGCUUCAAUUACCCUCAGUUGAGUUGGCUUUCUCCUCGUCUCGUCAAGUGGCAUCAGUUAAUAAAGAUGGUGAUGGGAAAUUCACAGGCCCAGAUGUUUUGAGCUCCAGCCCUCGCACAAGCCAACAAUCAGAACUGAUUAAGGGUGGUUUGAAUGUGUCUGCCUGCCUGUCGGACUUCUCCUUGUUCGUCUUUCAUCCAUACGGUGGCAAUCAAAGAGUCGACUCAGCAUUGGCUGGAAUACCAGAGAGACAUUUCGAGGCAGCUAACAGACGAGAUUCUCUGUCUGUCAAAGUUGAGUUUGUGCGCGUGAAUCUCUCUCGAAAACGCCGGGCUUACGUAUCACCAACACCCGAUGUGACAGAUCAUUCUUCGCCAGGGCUUGUUACGGAACCUCAGCGAAGUACUUCCCCUGCCCCCUCUCAUCUAAGCCGUACUUCAUCAUCAAGUGGUUCACCAAGUUCAAUUAAAUUCUCAAUUUUGUGCGAUGUUGGGUCAGCGUCCUUGAACUAUGACAUCCGGAGAUUGACUGAAGUGUUGGCAUUCCCAAAAGCUUGGUAUCGAAAAUCGAUUGCACACCAGCUGUUCUUCGGAAAGGAAAGCACAACCCAGCUACCAACAAAACAACCAUCUGAAUGUGGCUCAUCAGAUUCAUCAUCACCUAAGCUUGGGGGUAGUCUAGAAAAUUUAGUUGGUGGAAACCGACAGGGUACAUUCCCACUAAGGCCUCCGUCAUGGAGGACAGCAGGUCCAUUCAACCCCUCUUCCCCAGGCGUUUUCAACCUGUACUCUCAGCUAGGCCGAGGUUCUCCGUUGAGACAAGCCUUUUUGCACAGGCAAUCAGAUGGAACUCCAGCUGAGUUGGUUGCACACAGAGACCAGCAGAGGCCGACGUCUACACCCCUCACCAGCAAGGAGAAGGAGAGUAAACAGUUGGUAUGGGAUACCCGAGUGGUGAUUGGCAUCAACCUAUCCAAGCUACAAGUGAAUAUGAAUAUGAGUAACGUGAUGGGCACGUCUGUGUGGCUAGUGCAAGGACUUCAGAAGCAGGUUUGGAUAUCACUAGACAACACUGGAUGUAAAGAUGUACGACUGGUGUUAGAUCUUGAGCAGUCUAGCAUAGAUUCACAUGGAGGGGUCAUAGGUGGAAGGUUGGAAAUGACUAAAUUCCAUAGCACAGGCCAUAUCAUGGAGCAACCUGGGAAAGAACCCAGUCACACAGUGUCUGCAAAACUGGAUGACUUGAGUGUGAGCGUGGAUUACAUGGGCGGCAGUACACUGCUUUGUCAGCUAACUGAAGUAGGCCUUGAGUUGAAGGACGAGUGGCGGUUGAACCUUACAGAACCAGCUCAAAGUAGUAUUACUACAAGGCCUGCGUCAAUAUUUGUUCACAUUGAUUUGAAAUGGGACACAGUCCAGAUGAUGAUCACACGUUCAACGACCCCUGACCUCAUCAAGAUAAUCAACAAACUGACCGAAUUUAUAAGUCAACAGUUUCACAGCAGCAAGAUGGCACUUGCAAGUUUUGGGAGUCAGAUCCUGACAAAACCUAUAAUAACAACCCAAAAACCACCUCUCACUCCUCAAGUGAUCAGAAAUCAUCAUCGUCACUGGCAGCCUGUUUCUAACUUCCUCUCGGAGUGUUCUAAUUGGGUGUUUGGUGAAACAGUCGUGCCAGAGCUAGGAACUGUUCUUGGAGGUCAGGUCAAGUUAUCUGGGAAUAGUGUUCUCCUAGCAUGCUUCGGUGGGAUCAAUUUUAGAGCUAAAUCGUGGGCAUUGUUUGCUCUGCGUGAGCCAACCAUUCAUUUUGAUGUAGAGUCGAUGAAAGUGCAAGAGAAUGGUCAAGAUGUGAAGCCAACCGUGGAUGUAACUUUUAUAACUCAAUUUGACGAUCACAUACACAUGGCAAUGGACAUAGAACUGGUUAUAUUUUUACACGAUCUUGUCUCAAGCUACAUCGACAAAAAAGAUAAAGAUCUUUCAAAUACUACGCCUUUAGCCCCAGACAAGAAAUUAGCAGACAUGACUCCAUCCCGUGGUGAAGAAGACUGGCGAGUGUUUCAGUGCACAACAUGGCAACUUGAACCUACAGUUAGGCUACUGUCACUUGGUGGAAAAGAAAUCGAGGCUUUGGGAGCUGACUAUAUAUUAAAUAAGUUAGGAUUCAAGCAUGCAAGGACAACGAUACCGAAGUGGUUCCAGAGAGGCGCAAUGGAUCCUAUGAACAAGAUUCUGGCUUUGCUAGUACAUAAUCUGCUUCAGGCCAUGCACCGAGAAAAGAAGCUUGAAUGAAGAAACCAAUAUAGCCCUGGUGUAUCUAAUAGCCCCUAGAUAUGCCACUGUAGUAGAGCGGGGCUGAUUGUUUUUUAACCUCAUUUUUAAAACAAUUAUGAAUAUUGUAACUAUUAUUGUGAUGAAGUUGUUUUUUUUUUUAGGUAAACUAUCCUCUAAAUCUAUACUCUUCUAAAAAACAAAACUACAAAAACAAUCAAUAUCAAGCAUAUUACUCAGUUUAAAGGGAAACAAGAAAGUCUUAAACCAAGAAUGAACCAAAGUGUUUAAUUUUAGAACAUUCGAACAAGAAUGUUUUAAAUUGAAUUAUUAUUGUAGGCCUAUUACUCUUUUUAUAUCAGAACACUUUUACAGGUUAUUAGCGACAACAAUGGUGCGUUUUUGAGCGAGGAAUGGUAAGCAGACCGCACAAAUAGUUUUACAAUUACUUUCGCGGGCAACAAGAAAAUUGUGGUCAGGCCUCAUGUCGCCUGCAUGCUACACGUAUUAUAUUGUCAACUUCGCGUGUCAAUAUUGAACGAAAGAGAUUACAAUAAUUACUGAUACGUUUUCUUUAAUUAUAAUUGAAUUGAAUAGGACAUUAGUCAUAAGUACUCAAAUAUUGAUAUUAUCUAAUCUAAUCAAUUAUUAUUGACAUAUUGAAUUUCUGUUAUAUUAAUGCAAUUAAUUUUAUCAGUGUGUAUUAAUUAUUAGUACUGUAUUAAUUUUAUAAAUAUUAAUUUUUAUUACUAUCAUAAUAAUGUUAUUUUAUAGGCCAAUAAUACUUAUAGUUUUAUUAUAAUUACCAUAAUAAUAUUAUUAUUGGUAUUGGAUGGUAUUAUCAUUGGUAUUGCAGUGUUUACUAUAUUUUUUUAUUAUUUAGUUCGAAAUGUCAGAAAUUUUAACAGGAGAAAGUGUAAAUGUUACGUUUUUAUCUCAAUUAUUACCUCAGUAAAUUGUGGGUAAAAAGUGGUCGGGUAUUUACAGCUUAUGUAUGAUCAUAUUAAUCAGUGUGAAAUCCAGCUGAUGUAUUCACAUGCUAAACAAGGAUCACCGUUGUUAUACUUAUACACAAUAGUAAGGUUUCACAAUGCCUUAGUCAGUGGUGGUUAAGCUAAGGGGCCACCUACAGUAUGUAUAUAAGCCUCGGAGGUCAACGUCCGGGAAUAAAAUGUCUGGUGUAGUUAAUUGGGGAUGCUUUUUUUUAUGAGUUUAAGUUGGCCGAAAAUGUGAAUUUUCCACUAAGCCACCUCCCACUAAACUUUAGCGUAAAAACAUAUGCUGACAUGUGCCUCUUCCCGGCUGUUUUCUGAAUUCAAUCACAUUAGCUUAGUUUGCAUAUGCAAAUUAUAAUAUGGAAUUAGACAAUGGGGGUUCAUGCAACACCACUGUAUUUAGUACUUGUGUAUGCAGAAAAUUACACACAUACUUUUAACAUGUGCAAAUAAAAGAUAUCUUUUUUAACCAAUGAAGUAAUUUCUACCUAGACCUAGAAUAACAUAUUAAGCAUUGACAUUCCAUACCUUGUCUUAUUUUAACUUACAUCGUAAUAUUUUUUUUUUUUUGUGACGUGACAACAAUUAAUGAUAUGGACAAAAUAGCAAGAGCCAUUAUGUGAAAAGAAGACCGAUAUUUUAUUACUAUUUUUAUUAUUAUGUCAUUUUUAAAUGUAUAUAAAUAUUUCAAUUUGUAUAUUUUAAUCAUAACGUUAGAUGUUUUUAGUAAAGAGUAUUAUGUCAUUGUUAACUAGGUGGAUUGCGAAUUCAUCUGUCAAUAUUGUCCACUGUUAAUAUUUAUAAAUAAAAAUGUAUGUGGAACUUGGAUCUGUUGAUUGUGUGCUUCAAGCGACUGACAUUGUAGACAUUCAUUGAAUAUAAAUUGAUUCAUAUCUUUGAAAGAAAAAAAGCCCAGCCUCCAUCAGGCCCAUUCCUUACAAUGUAAUCGUCAUAACCGCGAAAGGCCUUGUGUUUUUUCAAUUGACUAUAUAAUUUGAAUUCCAUUCAUUUUUUUUAUGUGUCUGACGCAAUUUGCUUUUUUACAGCAUGAACGACAAUUACUGUCACCUUAUUGUAUAUAUUUCCUAAUUAAUUGAUGGGAAAGUUUUUAUAACACCAGUCGCUCGCAUCUUGAAUAAACUCUGUAUGGUACUGCUGUGGCAAAUAUCCUAGGUGCCCAAGGAGUGUACGCAGGUAUUCUGGAAAAUAAAAAAAAAAUAAUUUUACCUACUUUGAAAAUUCGCAAUAUUUCUCUCAUUAAAAUAUUGGAGGUUUUAAAAAAUAAUCAUGUAAAAUGUUAGAUUUCCAAGCACCGGAAAUUUGUCGACAGCCCGGAGUAGAGUUUUUGUGCCUUAGUAUGGUCCAAAAUGUGCUUUUAGACCACAAUUAUGGAUUGGUAGACAAAAUAACGUUAUUUGGAUAGGAAAAUUAUUUUUGUUUUAUUUUUUAUCUGAUGACCUAGUCAUUCGUCCACCGACAGGGGGCUCCCGUCCUGUCCGACGGAGGUUAAAACUCCCCCUGUCCCCCGCUGACGCCGCCACUGCUUGUAAGGUAUAAUACUCGAACCUCAAUAUUAACAUUAAGCCCAGAUUAAUCAGUUCAUCCUAAACCUAAAUCAUAGUUUAAUAUGUUAAAUUUUUAAAGCAAUAUAUUUUCACUGUUAUGUAUCUUUUUUACCCUUAUAUUUUGAACUUAUAUAUAAAUGUUGUUUCGUAAUCUUUGUGCAAUGUAUAGACCCAGGUCUAUUUUUUUUCCUAAUGUAUCAUUCGCAAUUUAGCUGCAAAGCUACAAUAAUGAUAUUUUGAAAUAAAACUUGAACUUGAAUAUAGGCCUAUAUUUUAAAUGAGUUAAGACUAAUUAAAUUACAGUAAUACCGUACAGCAAACUAUGCCUUACUAAGCUCUGUCAAAUCUUAUUUAAUAUGUUGUAUGCCCAUAAUACAGUAGUCAUGAUGUGCCUAUUGACCGUAUUUAGGCAUGUCACGUGUUACUGUCAAAUAAAAUGCUUUACCGUACCUUUUAAUUCGUCUUCACUGGAGAUGUCUAUAUUUUCACAUGGAGUAUGUGACGUUCCACUAAGUACUUCAAAACCUACAGAUUUCAACAACUUCCGGGUGUCAUCUAGGUCGAAACUGAUUGUACAUUCUGUGAACGUAACCCUAUAAAGUAAAUAAACGAAUUUGUAAUUUUAACAAA